AUGGCGUCGUCCUUAACUUUGGGAGUUUGGUUUUUCCUCCUAUCUUUAGGUCACCAUGUUGCUGAGGCCGGCUAUUACUGCUACUAUUCCUAUUACUAUACCUCCUAUAGAUGUUACUAUAUCUAUACCUAUUAUUUUGGAGCCAGUUCUAUCGCUGGUGUUGUUAUUGGCAUGAUUGUAUUUGUCGGAAUCCUCGUCUUUGUCUGUGUCCUCAUAAAAAAGCAUCAGGCUGCAAGAGCGGGAAGGGUGAACCACAUACCUGUGUCGACAGUCACCACCGUGCACCAAGCACCACCUCCACAACCACAAGGUUAUGGGUAUGGUGGUCCUGGAAUGUCCCAACCAUACAACCCGAAUGCAGGCUACCCUCCUUCUGGUCCCCCUACCUAUCCACCCCCUCCUGGCCCUGGGUCUGGCUACCCGCCACCGAGUUAUCCUCCACCGAAAUACUAA